ACAGAGGCGCGGGCGGCUGCGAGGCCGGCGGACGCACCGGCCGGAGGGAGCGCGCCGCCGGCCCACUUGGCCUGGCUCCCGGAGCCCGGGCGGCGAGCGCGGGGAACAGCAGGGCGGGCGCGGGCGGAGCAUCGCCGCGGCGAGGGAAGCCGGGCACCAGGCGAGCGCCAGGGCGGCGCGGCGCGGCGGGGACGAUGACCACGGGCUCGGUGCUGCCGCUGCUGCUGCUCGGGCUCUCGGGCGCGCUCCGGGCCCACCAUGAGGAUCUUACAGUCAGAGAGGCCUGUAAGGCUGGCUUCUCCGAAGAAGGCUACACUGCAUUGAUCUCCCCGAAUGUCCUAGAAGGAGAGAAACUACUCAAAGUCAAGUUCAGCAGCUGCGUGGACACCAAAGGGACACAGUAUGAGACCAACAGCUUGGACUUCAAAGUCGGGGCGGAUGGGACAGUCUUCGCCACUCGGGAGUUGAAGAUCCCCUCAGAGCAGGUGGCCUUUACUGUGACUGCUCGGGAACGCCAGAGCGCUGAGCAAUGGGACGCCAUGGUGAGGCUGCUGGUGGCCCAGACAUCACCGGCACACUCUGAACACAAGAAAGGGAAGACAGUGGCCCUGGACCCCUCUCAGUCCUCGAAGGACACAGUGCUGCCAUGGCCUCAACAUCAGAGCUCUGGUGGGCUGAGGAGGCAGAAGCGUGACUGGGUCAUCCCACCCAUCAACGUGCCCGAGAACUCCCGUGGACCCUUCCCCCAGCAGCUCGUCAGGAUCAGGUCAGACAAAGACAAUGACAUCCCUAUCCGCUACAGCAUCACGGGUGUGGGCGCCGACCAGCCCCCUAUGGAGGUCUUCAACAUCGACUCCAUGUCUGGCCGGAUGUACGUCACUCGGCCUAUGGACCGGGAGGAAAGAGCCUCUUACCAUCUCCGUGCCCAUGCGGUGGAUAUGAAUGGUAACAAGGUGGAGAAUCCUAUUGAUCUGUACAUCUAUGUCAUCGACAUGAAUGACAACCGUCCCGAGUUCAUCAACCAGGUCUACAACGGCUCUGUGGAUGAGGGCUCCAAGCCAGGUACAUACGUGAUGACCGUCACAGCCAACGAUGCAGAUGAUAGCACCACUGCCAACGGUAUGGUGAGGUACCGGAUUGUCACCCAGACACCCCAGAGCCCAUCCCAGAACAUGUUCACCAUCAACAGUGAAACAGGGGACAUCGUGACUGUGGCAGCAGGCCUGGACCGAGAGAAAGUCCAGCAAUACACAGUCAUCGUCCAGGCCACUGACAUGGAAGGAAACCUUAAUUAUGGUCUCUCGAACACAGCCACUGCCAUCAUCACGGUGACAGACGUAAAUGACAACCCUCCAGAAUUCACCACAAGCACAUUUGCAGGAGAGGUCCCUGAAAACCGUAUAGAGACAGUAGUGGCCAACCUCACGGUGCUGGACCGAGACCAGCCCCACUCCCCCAACUGGAACGCCGUCUACCGGAUCAUAAGUGGGGACCCCUCCGGGCACUUCAGUGUCCGCACAGACCCCGUGACCAAUGAGGGAAUGGUCACUGUGGUGAAGGCAGUGGACUAUGAGCUGAACCGUGCCUUCAUGCUGACUGUAAUGGUGUCCAACCAGGCGCCCCUGGCCAGUGGGAUCCAGAUGUCCUUCCAGUCCACAGCGGGGGUAACCAUCUCUGUCACCGAUGUCAACGAGGCCCCCUACUUCCCCUCCAACCACAAACUGAUCCGCCUGGAAGAGGGUGUGCCUGCUGGGACAGCACUCACCACUUUUUCUGCAGUGGACCCUGACAGGUUCAUGCAGCAAGCCGUGAGGUACUCGAAACUGUCUGAUCCCGCCAACUGGCUGCACAUCAACACAUCCAAUGGGCAGAUCACCACGGCUGCAGUCCUGGACCGAGAGUCCCUCUAUACCAAGAACAAUGUAUACGAGGCCACCUUCCUGGCUGCUGACAACGGGAUUCCCCCAGCCAGUGGCACUGGGACCCUGCAGAUCUACCUCAUCGAUAUCAAUGACAAUGCACCACAGCUGCUGCCCAAGGAGGCACAGAUCUGCGAGAGGCCCAACCUCAACGCCAUCAACAUCACUGCAGCCGAUGCUGAUAUGGACCCCAACAUUGGCCCCUAUGUCUUUGAGUUGCCCUUCAUCCCCACUGCAGUGAGGAAAAACUGGACCAUCACCCGCCUAAACGGUGACUAUGCCCAGCUCAGUUUGCGCAUCCUGUACCUGGAAGCAGGGGUGUAUGACGUCCCUAUCAUCGUCACAGACUCUGGCAACCCUCCCCUGUCCAACACAUCCGUCAUAAAGGUCAAGGUGUGCCCGUGUGAUGAGAAUGGCGACUGUACCACGGUUGGCGCAGUGGCUGCAGCUGGCCUGGGCACGGGCGCCAUCGUGGCGAUCCUCAUCUGCAUCGUGAUCCUGCUAAUUAUGGUCCUGCUGUUCGUUGUGUGGAUGAAGCGGAGGGAAAAGGAGAGACACACAAAGCAGCUGCUCAUCGACCCCGAGGACGAUGUGAGGGACAACAUCCUAAAGUAUGACGAGGAGGGCGGUGGUGAGGAGGACCAGGACUAUGACCUCAGCCAGCUGCAACAGCCAGAAGCCAUGGAGCAUGUGCUGAGCAAGGCCCCUGGAGUGCGGAGGGUGGAUGAACGGCCAGUAGGUGCUGAACCCCAGUACCCAGUCAGGCCUGUGGUGCCACACCCAGGAGACAUUGGAGACUUCAUCAAUGAGGGACUCCGAGCUGCUGACAAUGACCCCACUGCACCCCCCUAUGACUCCCUGCUAGUCUUCGACUACGAGGGCAGCGGUUCUACUGCAGGCUCCGUCAGCUCCCUGAACUCCUCCAGCUCUGGGGAUCAAGAUUACGACUACUUGAAUGACUGGGGGCCCCGGUUCAAGAAGCUGGCAGACAUGUAUGGGGGUGGCGAGGAGGAUUAACCAACCUCACCGCCAACGUGAGAAGGGCACUGGAGGCCAAGCAGCAGAACUGAGCCGAGGUGCCAGUGCUGUCUGGUGUCGAGAGGUCCCUCCCCGCUGCCGUCCCCUGUAUGGAGCUCUGCAGUAUGGACAUAGGCCACCGGGCACCCACCAUCACUGUGCAUCUCGGUAGCCACAGCCACGUACCGCGAAGGGAGAGCCAGAGGCACAGCCCUAACUUGAAUUUCUUACCACAAAAGCACUGUUAAAACAAAAACAAAAAAACAAACAAAAAAAAAAAAAACAAAAAACAAAAGUGCCUUCUGGUACAUGACAGAUUCCCUAACUCAGGAGUGACUGAAAGAGGAGAGACAGCCCGAGGCCCCCACCUCUGUCCACCCUGCCCCACAGCCCCAGCCCCACCUGGUACCUUCUGAAGGCAACAAGCAAGAAGUGGGAGACAAUGUGGUUUUUUUUUUUUUAAAAGCCUUUUAUUAAGAAACAGAAAAUAGGUAACUUAUUUGCAAAAAAAAAAAAAAAAAAUUGUAUGGGGUCCAGAUCUCAACAGCUUUUGUUAUGCACAGCCAGGCCUCCUGGGCCCUUUGAGCAACCCAAGGCUGUUAGGUGAAGAUGGGGCUUUCCAGCACCAUAAAAACACUGGUUUUGGCAGGCAACCCCAUCAGCAGAGCCACUUCUGAGUGGACUCAGCUUCCACAUGAAUUUGUGUCCUGCCCCAACAUACUGUAAAUAGCUGGGGCAGGCAUAAUGCCUGGAGACCUUCCAGGGAGUCCUCACCUCUCUACUUGGCCACUGCCGUGCCCUCAAGCCCACCAAAAAGCCUCUCUCUGGACCAGCUGUCUCCCCCAAUACCACUGAGGUCCCUGUUGCCUUUGGUCCAGGACAGUGUGUUGUCUAAGAAGCCACGGCAUCCUGCAAAACCCUGGCUCAGCCCUCCACUCUUCAGGAUGAGACCCUGAGGGAUCCUGUUGAAGGCAUAGAAAUCACAAGCUCCCCUCAGUGGAACCCCUGAAUGCACACCCUCCCCAGGCUGUGCAGAUGGCAGAGAGCAGAGCCAGGCCAGACUCUGGCAGCUGCUUGGCAGCCCUGGGCCUGUUUAACCAGCGCUCCUGCCUGGUCCCAUGAACUGCUAUGGAUGUCAGGACUUACCAAGUGGCUGGUGAGAUUAUCUUGCUGUGCCCAUGUGACCAUAGAUGCUCUGGCUUGGACCCAUGUUUCUGUUGCUCUCUGGAGCCGGAGGGGCACUUUACCAUGGCAGCUUGACACAGGGCAAACUGGGCAGGGUGACCGCUUCUGUAGGACAGCAAAUAGGCUGGGUACAAGGACCUACGGGAGAUGGCAAAGCUGCCCUUUUCACUGGAGGGGAAAACAGACCUAGGACAUUCACAUGUCUGGGCUCAAAAGAGUCCUGAGAUGGGGCAGAAAGGCAGGCACUGGAGGAGCACCGUGCGCCGAGUCUUCCUGGCUUACCCCCAUACUACAAUACACUCCCCAAGAUGGGUUGAUGAAUGCUGAUAGCUUGGGAGGCCUUCGUGUCUGAGUCUCCUUGAGGAGACAGCGGAAUUCCCAACAUUGAUGAAAAAUACGUUUCUUCCAGAUCUCUAACCCGUAUCUACUACUGGGGGCCAGGAGGGUUUCAAAAGGGCUGGGGGUACUCAGGAGAUAGCAUGCUCCCUAGUCAGAGGUCUCUGAUUCAUCGCUCCUCUUGGCUUUUUUACCCCGUGGCUAGAUCCACUUUUCCAGACUGCUUUGGCCUCAGAGACGCACCUGAGUGAACUCACGGGUGCCCAGCUCGUGGGUAUGACCCAUUGGAUGUCAGGGUUCUUUCCCAAACCAAACCCAUCCCCCCUCUGAACCCCUGGACUUGAGCUGGGCUGCAAGCUCAGCUGUGUCUACUCUUUCUCCUCAUACAGCUGUCCUAGGAGGCGGGGAGGGAUGAACAGGGGCCUCUGUAGCUUCCUGGAGUCCCCCUGCCUAUAGCCAGGGCGGGGAGGGAUGAACAGGGGCCUCUGUAGCUUCCUGGGAGUCCCCCUGCCUAUAGCCAGCCAGGGCAGCAAAGGGGUUAGGAGGGCUGUCCUAUGCAAAUUGCUCGAAUAGGCAAACAAUUCGGGUGGUGCUGAGCUUGGCAUGGCCACUGGUGGGGUUGUCGUGGGUUAGGGCUGGGGAAUUGAGAAUAGUUUUCUGGGUUUGAUUUUAGAAAACCCAAGAAGGUUCUUGGAAGUGUGCAUAUGUUUGGUAGGCAUGGUAACCAAGAACUCUCCUGAAAUCCCAAGGCUUUCUUAAAAGCCUGGGAUGGGAGAUAGCAAAUCUAUCAGUUACCUGGAGGCAUGUCUCACCUGCCUCCAUCUCCUCCCCACCCCAAGGCCUCUGUCACUGCCAGGCCCCUGCAGGAACAUCCAUGGGGUUUCCUAAAAGCUGGACAGCUUGUCCCUUUCACCCUACACCCCAAGCAGCCCCUAGGGCUAGAGGAAAAUAGGGUUUUACACACCCCCACACCCAUCUUGGAACUCCGUUCCCAGGCCAACAAGUUAGCAUUAGCCAAGCAUACAGUCAGUGUCAAAUGUUUCUCUUCUGUAGCUUGUAGAUACAAUGCGUCUGUGGUCAGGGUCCAGCCAACCUAGGCUGGUGGCCAGCUCUGUGCAGUGUAAGGGUGAGGUUUGGCUCCUUUAAGGAGAAACCUAUACCUCUGAGCGCUUGGAGGAACACCUGGCCAUGGUCUGCCUCUGUCACACCUGACUCCCGGCCAGCAGCUUUUCUCUCUCAUGUCUUUCAGCACAUCCAAAAUGCUGGGUCUCCUGCCACCAAAAUGUCAGAGUAAUGGCCAAAAGUCAGGCCCUCAGAGAUGCCUCAGUUUCCCCAUAGUGAGUAUGUGGUCCGUUGAGAUGACACCUCUGUGCUCUCUAAGGUAAAUGGGAGGGGAAGUUUCUAUUUCUACCCACACUGAAAGGCAAAACCAAAAACUCACAGCAGAAUCACCCUGCACAGAGCACCGGGUGUGGUAGUGCAUAGACCGCAUACUUAGCCGGCUCUGCCACACCAGUUGGCCCAUGGAAAACACCUCUGCGUACAUCGGGGACGCAUCUUGCUUUUCCUUUCUCUCCUGUUUUCCAUUCUGAUUUUUUUUUCUGCAUGUUUAUUUUUGAAAAUGGACAAAUGUGUAGCAGCCCGCAUGACCGUGGUUGUUUCGGGAAAGAUACCGGAGUAUGAUGUGUUCACACUGCAGCUCUGAGCGCCAUGCGGUGAGACAGACGUUCCGACUUUUUUUGUAAUCGUCAACAGCACAAAUAUUUUGUAUUGUUGUUUGUAUCAUUUUGUACCGAAAAAAAAAAAAGGAAAAAAAAACAAAAACAAAAAAGGGAAGAGAGUUGAUGUUUUCGAUGUGUUUUUAGUGCCAGGCAGUCUUGGUUCCGAAAGGAACAGCAGCUUUGCAGAAUUGUCGUGUCCAGGAGUGGAGUUGGGUGUUAGCACGCUGCUCCAAAGGAGUAAAUAAAGUCCCCUUUGAAGUA